AUGACAAGAUCCGCAGAAACUUACUCCGCUGCAGAGGAAAUCGAAGGUAAGGAUGCUAGACCAACAACUCAACCCAAUGGCUGGCAAUUAGUAAAUCCUUCCCUGUCUCCUGAGUCAAGACAACGUACUGAAUUCACAGGAAAGGAACACCUCAACAGGCGUGUGUUGUUUCGAAGGAAGAGGUCCAUCCUGUUUCCUAGUGGAGUUAAAAUUUGUCCAGAUGAGACUGGUGAGCAGGUCAUUGCCAACCAUCUGAAAUACUUCAAACUCCGAGUGUGCCAGGAAGCAGUCUGGGAGGUCUUCAAGACAUUCUGGGACAGACUUCCAGCACAUGAAGAGUAUCAGUACUGGAUGAGUUUGUGUGAGGAAGGAACUAUGAGCAUAUUUGAAAUGGGCACAAACUUCAGUCAGUCUGAAGAGCACCAGAGCCUGAUUAAGAAGAAACUGUCCUAUAUGAAAGAAGCAAUGGACGGUGCCUGCAGCGAUUGGUCCUGUGGCUCUGGAAUUCCAACACCUUCUCCAGCUGCUGAUGCUACCACAUCAAGAGAUGCAGCUGCCAAUGUCCCACCCCCUCAUGAGGUCUCCAUUGAGAGUCCAUCAGAUUAUACCUUCAACAAGAAUGAAGACUCAGAUGCUAGUAUCAACAAUGAGAUAAAGAAGGAGGAUGGGAAGCUGAUGAAACCUGUUCCUGACCAGAUGGUUGAGUUCAGCAUCCUUAUUUUGGGAGAGAAAUACACUGAGGAAUUGAGUGACCCAUCCACUAUGCAGCAUCAGCUACUCUCAGAACAGUUUAUUUCCCAGGUAGCAAAUGCAUUUGAAGAAUUACCUGGAUACAAUAAUAUCCAUGUGCUGGAAUUCAGGUCUCCUGAUGAUGACAGUGGUGUGGAGGUCCACUACGCUGUCACAUUUGUUGGGGAAGCCAUCAGCAAUGCCACCUGGGACCUUAUUAACCUUCAUUCCAACAAAGUGGAGGACAACUCCUUCAUAGAACUUGAGGAUAACCCAACUGUUGUUUACACAAUCGGUGACUUCAGAACUUAUAUUGCUGAAAUCCUUCACAAGAACUCUUUCAUUGAAAACAUCUCUUUGACCCUGGACCCUGACUCUCUCCAGCUCAUUAAUGUGAAAGAAGUUCUCUCCCCUGCACCUGAAGACACAUCCAGGAUUACUGAAAAUCCAGUUGUUCUUGAGUCUCCAGAAAUUGAUCUUGAUAAUGCCCUUUUAGCUGAGUGGCCCUCUGCAGACGCAACAACUACAAGCAAUAUCUUGCCACUUGAUUUCACCAAACCAGGUUUCACCAUUGAUAGUGAACAGUCCAAUGGCAAUGAAAUCUGGUUAAGAUCUGAAAACCUGGACUCUGAGAACAACUUGAAUUCAACACCAAAGGCUGUCCUCACUUCUUCUCCUGGUGGGAUGAGUCUAGAGGAAGGGGGCCAGAUUCUUCAUUCUGGCACCCCAUCAAUAUUAGAAAAUGGCUCUCCUGUGGACUCUCAGGAAUGGCUGUCUAUCCCUGCUUCUUCAGAAGAGUUUGAAGAUGCUGGAGUGUCGGAAGGCUUUCUUUUGCCUUCCAGUCUACACCCUCAUCUUGCGUCAAAAGAAAUGCCAUCCACAGACACUUCUGUGGUUCCUCCAACUUCUAUACCAACAAUGGCCUCUACAUCAGAAACAGAGCCUAAUAAAGAGGAGAUGAUCUCUACAGAGAAGGCAAGAGAAGCCAUGCCCAUUGACAUAGACUCUAUAUCCCAUGACAGUCUGGAGGACGGAGAAGUAUAUUUAGAGGUGAACCCUCUGCAACCCGAUCUGUAUCCAGGAGGAGAAAUUAUGUAUGAGGAUGGAUCUGGAUCAGCAUUUGAUGCUUCAGGUCAAGAGGCAUGGCCAUGGGGCAUAGCAACAUUAGAGCCAGUUUUCUACCAUCUUCCUGAAAGCUGGCUGAAAGAUAAAAAUGAUUCUCUGUUAAUCAGAGCACAGGAUACUCCUGAGGAACAGAUCCUAGAUUAUAUCAUUGAUUCUUUAGAUAAAUUAAAUCCUGAGGAUGGAGGCAUGACCAAUGCAAGAGGGGAAUUCACUGAUGACUCUGAAUCAAAUGUACCUGGACUUUCAGAUACGGCAACUCAGCAGGUGCCAAUGUUAUGGACACUAGAAACCUUGAAUGUGGAACUGUCCAUGCAAACAUCAGAGGCAUCAGGCAUGUCUGAUUAUUCUUCAUCCAUUGCAUAUGAGCCCUCAGUGGACUAUUCUUCUUUAGAUAUGGCAGAUGAACAGACCUCCAUCUCACCACAUGAAAAAGAUCUCUCUAUAGAAGGUCAUCUCCUUACAUCUACAGGGACAUUCAAUGUAAAACAUGCUGAAGAUUCCAGCGAGGAUCAUCAAAUCAUUUAUGAAGCAGUAGGAAACCAAAACAGGGAAGGGACAAAGCCAGAAGAACCAUCCACAAUAGUCCAGUCAGGUGUAGCUGUUACAAUAGGACACCAAGACAUGGAUUCCUCAUGGACUGGGCUCCUCAAGCCAGAAACAGUCCUGACAGCAACUCCUAUGAUGGAAAAAAUAAUCACUGAUGUUUUAAUGGAGGAGCAGGAAACUCCAGAUUUGCACUUGACAACUCAACAAGCUUCUGGAUCACUUGCUGUGAAACCAAUAAAUAUUUGGCCUACUCACAACACUGAAAGGGCAUCUGAGAAACCUGCAGAUCAAGACAUGCAAUCUGAAGCAUCGACCAGGGUUGAAGUUUCAACCAUAGCUCCUUAUUUACUGGAGCUGGCCACUGGUUUAGAGGAUUUCACUGGACGGUCUAGUACAGAUCAUGACACUAGUACCCCUAGUAGCUUAAAUACGGCAGUGGGUUCUUUUGCAACAGUAACUAUAACAAAGACUCCUAUUGGUUCUCUGUCCAGUUUCCCUACUACACAAUAUACAGUAUCUCAGCCUACUGUUAGCUCAACAAAAUUGGGGGAGGACAUGACUACGAGAGUACAGGAUACUUCAGUGGAGCUGGAUCACGUGGGCACAAUGUUGUAUCCUCAUGAGAUGAACCUGGAAGAAAGAAGUAUGACUGAUAGUCGCAUGGAGAUAUCUACUAACGUCCACUCCACAGAGAUGGCCAGCGUAGCUUGGCCCACGCAUGCAAAUCGCAACACUACCACAUCCUCACGAGCUUUAGUGGUGUUCUUUAGCCUCCGUGUUACCAACAUGAUGUUUUCAGAGGACCUAUUCAAUAAAAAUUCCCCAGAAUAUAAGGCACUGGAGCAACGAUUCUUAGAACUGCUGGUUCCCUACCUCCAGUCCAAUCUAACAGGUUUCCAGAAUCUCGAAAUCCUGAACUUCAGGAAUGGCAGUAUUGUGGUGAACAGCCGCAUGAAGUUUGAAAAACCUGUGCCUCGUAAUGUCACAAAUGCGGUCUAUAUAAUUCUGGAAGACUUCUGCAACACUGCCUACCAGACCAUGAACCUGGCCAUUGACAAGUACUCCCUGGACGUGGAAUCAGGAGAUCAAGCUGAUCCUUGCAAGUUCCAGGCUUGCAACGAGUUCUCCGAAUGCUUAGUAAAUCGCUGGAGUGGCGAGGCAGAGUGUGUGUGUUAUCCUGGCUAUCUAAGCAUUGAAGGAUUGCCCUGUAAUAGCAUCUGUGACCUGCAACCAGACUUUUGCCAAAAUGAUGGGAAGUGCGACAUAAUCCCAGGACAAGGGGCCAUAUGUAGAUGUCGUGUAGGUGAGAACUGGUGGUACAGAGGAGAGCACUGUGAAGAGUAUGUCUCGGAGCCAUUGGUUGUGGGUAUCGCAAUUGCUUCGGUGGCUGGCUUCCUUCUUGUGGCAUCUGCUGUCAUUUUCUUCCUGGCCAGGACCCUUCGAGACCAGUACUCAAAAAGUGACACUGAGGACUCAUUAGGGCAGGGCGAUAGCCUCUCCUCCAUUGAGAAUGCAGUGAAGUACAACCCUAUGUAUGAGAGUGAUACCACUGGGUACAGCCACUACUAUCGGAGAUACCCACAGCUCACCUCGUACAGCUCUACCAGUGCAGAGACAUCCACAGACUACAGCAGUGAAGAGAUAAGGCACAUUUACGAGAAUAGUGAGCUCACAAAGGAGGAAAUCCAGGACAGAAUACGGAUUAUAGAGCUUUAUGCCAAAGAUCGGCAGUUUGCAGAGUUUGUUAGACAACAUCAAAUGAAGCUGCUUUAAAAAAAAUUGAAACCAGAAGAAGUUUUGUGGAAGAUGACCUUGUUGCCCUAGUAACAGGGCACAGAUGUAACUGCAAAGUUAUGUAUAGUCUUUAUGUUGUAUGGAUCUUAAACACUGCUGGUUGGAUGCAGAUGUUUUCUAAAUGAAUGAUUAACUGUAAGAAUGUUUAUCUCUGGCUUUUCUGAGUACAGUUAUGGGUCACAAGAGGUCAUGAAAAUUCACUUUUACUUAUCAGGGACAAAGCAGUUCCUAAACUGGACAUUGAAAAUUUGUGCAUGUAUUUUCUAAUCUUCAAGAUUUUUUGCUUGGUAUGCAAAGAAAAAGUUAAACUGAAAUACAAAUUUUUAAUGUUACUCUGGUGUUUUUCCCCCCUCACUGUGGAUGUUUAGAGGUUUCAAAAGUAAAAGAUUAGUGGGGGAAAUAUUUGGGGUGCAGGUGAGAGGUUUGUAGGAUGAUACUGGUUCUGUUUGAGUGAUCCUAGCAUUAUUUUGAUAUGGCCCAAUACUAAUCCCAGACAAAAUGUAGUAUUGUCUAGCUAGAGAAAUUUGUUUUGUAUGGCUGGCUGAAUUACCCAUGUUUGUUGCUCACCGAUUAAAAUAAAUAGUCACAUACUUCAUAAUGUUGAGAUUUGUCAUGAGAGUUGCAAGCUGAUGUCUCUUUGAAUUCUUUGUCUUAAAAGCGAUUAAUGUUGCUGGCUUUCAACUGCCACAUGUUAGCUUGGGGAGAUGGUGCAGUACUUACUGGUCACUACCACAAAAUGUACUAGAAUGAAAGUUUGUUCUGCUUCUCUCCCAGUUCCAGACUGGGGCAAACAAGGGCUAGACCCCCUCCCUGUGUUUACAGAACAUUUCUAGAAUAUUCCAUUACUAACUCUAUCAUCCUAAAUUAUUUUAAAUGUAGAGAACUUUUAUUUUUUUUGCUUCUGUAGGUUAAUGAAUGCAGUAUUUACUGUACAGUUAUUUUGUUCCCUAUGAUUGGUUAUUUUCAUAAGGGCUUAAUUGUGCUACAAAAAGACUUAUCACACCAUUCUCGUUGUUUAUUCCCUUGGCAUUGAAUUUCUCUUCUUAGAAUUGUAUACAGCCAUCAUUCAAACUAAAGCCAAUUAAAAUUCAGCUGACAUAUUUGAAUAAUACACUAGUCAAUUUCAAAAUCAGGCCCUGUUUACUUUUGCAUUUGAGUCAGAUAUUGUAGUAUUUACCUGUCAAUAUAGUUUAUAGUUUUGCCUCCCCAGUUUCACAGGUCAGCAACUUCUACUGGGGAAAAAAGUGACCUCACUUCUGGCUUAGGGGAAACCUAAUGUUAAACCUUUAAACUGCUUUCCAGAUUUAAUUACUUAGAAAUAAAAAUAAUUUGUUUUUAAGACCAGAUUUUAUAGAAAGAUGUGCUGCCAAUGCAAAUUUGGACCUGUAUUUUGAACCCUCAAAAGUUCCUAUGGGUUUGGUACGGCUUAUUGAGAGGGAAGGUGCCAGCAUGAACUUUGGCUCUGGAUCCAGGUUUGAAUUCCAAGCUCAGGGAUGUUCACAUCUUUAGUAUUUAAUAGUAAACAGUAACAUUUUCCCACCUGAUUUAAUACCCACUGAACAAUGAAGUUAGUCCAGAGGCCCACCAGUGCCAAGAAACCCCUCCUCACCCCUUUUCCAAUGCAUAGUACAGUUUAGUCAUGGUGAGAGCUACUUACCUUCCUAACUUAGACAGCUGGGGGGGGGGAACUCCUGUGAAGAAAAACAUUUCUUCCAAAUGUUUUUAGCUGUCCUCAGCUGGUGUGGGAGAACAUUUCACCAGACUGGUGAAUUAUCCUCAAUUUCAAUGCCAGAGGUCAGGACUCAUGGCUUAAGUGUCAAGCUGGAAAUCAACUUUUAACAGCCCAUGAAUAGUAAUUGAGUGGUGCUUAGUAAUGCUGUAGUCAAUGAGCCAGAUUCUGUGGAGUAGUGAUAUCACUGGGUGCUGCACUGUCUGCAUAAUCGGUUUUUAAUGAUGACUUUCGUGGCCCUACUGCAAAGAUGCACCACUUUCCCUACCAGCUGGAGCAAGGAAAGGGAGCAUAGCUGGGAUAUCCCUAUGUUACCCCAAUCCUCACCUUCUGUUUUGGGCCUCUGUAAUCUAGUCUAGCUGAGAAGAGUAGCAGAAUCAGCAUGGGUGCAAAAUUAAACUUAAAAGUGCAGGGGUACUAUGCAAAGGUAUCUUAGUGUUUCUUUGAGGUUAGGGUCACAUUCUUAGUUAUAACCCAACACUUAUUCUGCUAUAAAAAGGUUCAUUUUCAAUAUGGUGCCCAGGGAAUAAACCACUCACUUCAACCUUGAGGAUUCAUGCCUUCCUCUGUGCUGUACUGGCAACUUACUUCACAAUCCAGGUGCAAGUUCAGGUUAAAUGAGCAACAUGUCUGAAUCCAGGAUCUGACCAGUACUAAAGUUUAGGAGUAGGGGGGUUGAAAUUUGAACCUAAAACUGGAUCUAAAUGUCAUGGUUGUUAAUCUCUUCCCUAUAGUAAAUCAAACAAAAUUGCAUCGGUGGGGGUUGAGAUGGGGAACUAAAUCUAACUAGAGAUGGGCUCAAGAUGCAAAAGCUAAAUACUAGCCUAGUGGUCCCAUCCAUAAGCAGUAGCCUAGAAGAGGUCCUGGUCACACUGAACGUGGUAUUUCAUUGUACAUACAGGGAAUAUUUUUCUUUUUGUAUAUAAUGUCUGAUUUUCACUGCAAUAAACGUUUGUGUUUCAAGAAUGUGUCUGUAUUCCCUUAACGCACUCCUGCCACCUUA